CUUCAACUUUCAUUCAAAAGUUCAAAAUCCAGGAAAAAAAAACACAAAUAUUCUGUGGGUGCAUUUCUUUCUAUAUAAUUUUUUUUUUUAACUUUUUCAAUAUUUUUAUUACAAUUGAAACUCUUUUUAUUUUUUAUUUUGAAAAAAGAUAAAUUACCUCUUAAUUUAUAUCUCUUAUCCCUUAUUUUUAUUUAUGGUGAUAUGAUAAAAAAUCUUUUCUUAGAUGGAAAGUAGCAAAAAGUUUCCUGUAUUUAAUCAACCUUAGUCAAAUGAGUAAAAUAGUUUUAUUUUGUCUUUUAUUUUAAAUAAAGAUGGGCAAAUAAGAUAAAAAAAAUACAUGAAUAUACCAGACACAAACAAAAUCCUUUAUUUUAUUCUUAUUUUUUCAAUUAUAUAUAAUACCCAAAUUCUCUGUUUUUCUUCAAUUUCUUCAAUGAGAGAGAGUUGAGUGAUUAUUAUUCAUAUCCAAAUAUUAAAACCCUUAUUUUCUCUUUAAUUUCUCUGGGUUAUUUUUGGGUUUGUCGAGAAAAUCUUGGUUCGUCGACAAUGUCAUUUUCUUCUUCUUCAUCUUGGAGCUGCUUUGGAGAUUCUGUGUCCAAUCUGCAACGCUUUCUUCAAUGUGUUACCCCUCUUGUUCCUUCACAGACUAUACCUCAGAGUUGCUCUAAUGAUAUAAACAUCCAAUGGAAACCCCUUGGUAAGGAGACAAUUGAAUGCUUCACUUUGAAAGAUCUUUGGGACCGAUUUUAUGAAUGGAGUGCAUAUGGUGCUGGUACACCUAUGAUAUUGGAGGAUGGCGAAACUGUGGUUCACUACUAUGUUCCAUAUCUAUCUGCUAUCCAAAUCUACACCAACAAAUCUGGUGCAGCUUCUCGGAACCAUAGAGAGGAUAGCGAUGGAGUUGAAUUCGAAAGUGAUUCAUCGAGCGAUGAUAGUGGAAGUGAUAACUUGUCUCGAUCGUUAAGUAACAAUUCAAGCAAAUCUUGGGAUGCUAUUUCUGAAGAAUCAAGCUCUGACCAAGAAGGAUCUUGUCAAACAAAGGAUAAGCUUGGCAACUUAUACUUAAGUUAUACUGAGAUGUCUUCGCCUUAUCAUAGAGUUCCGCUUACUUUGAAGAUACCUGAGUUAGCAAAAACCUAUCCGGAGCUGAUGACUUUGAAGAGCGUUGAUCUUUCUCCUGCAAGUUGGAUGGCUGUUUCGUGGUACCCGAUUUAUACCAUCCCUAGUCGGAAAAAUGACAAGGACAUGGAAGCAUGUUUCCUCACUUACCAUACAUUGUCAUCAUCUUUCCAAGAUUGUGCCAUGGAGAAUGAUGGUAUGGACAUAGACAAAGACACAGACAAAGAUCUAUGUUGUUCAAAUGGCUGGGAAAUUAUUGUAGGACAUCAUGAUUCCAAGAAAAAGAGCAAAAGCUUAAUUUCUCUACCUCCAUUUGGGUUAGCCACUUACAAAAUGCAUAGUGAUCUUUGGCUAAACUCCGAUCCAUAUGAUUAUGAGAGUAUAUCAUAUCUUUAUAGCGCCGCAGAAUCAUGGUUGAAACAACUCAACGUUGAUCACCAUGACUUCAACUUCUUCGCAUCGAACUCUAUCUUGUAAAGUGAUUUAUACUUACUUGACUUUCCUUUGAUUUAGCUUUGAAACUCUAAUAUCGCCCGACACAAAGAAAACUGGUUCACUUGGUGAAAUUCUGAAAACAUUUCAGAACAUUUGGAGUUAUAUAUGUCAAAAGGGUAUAUAACUUCUAAGCUAAGUAAAGUUUGGUGAAUUGGGGCUGAGUUUUCUUACCUAUCCUUUUUUUAUUAAGGUAUUGUUCUUGUAUAAGAUCAAAGCUUGUUAUAAGUAGCUGAACUAUAUAUAUGUUAUGUAUUAUAGUUUUUUUAAUAAUAAUCGGGC